CCGGCGCCCGUCUUGAGAGCAUGUGGACUAAAUGAUGGCCCACGUGCAGCCCAGAAAUAUCUAUAAUUCUCUUUCCGACCUCUCUAUUGUAGCACCAGGAGCUAUCGAUAAUGGACCUGGACGACUCGAUGGUGCUAGGCCCAGGCAUUUUUAGCCAACUGGCGCAAGCUAUUUACACAAGGCGAAAAAAUAUGCCGCCGCCUCAGCGAAGGCGGGGUGUGCCCGCAGAAGACGAUGAGGAAAUGGAGAACCCACAGCGUGGCGCCGGUAGUGGACCAGAGAGCCAGGAUGAAGAGGAAUCAGACGGAGGCGAUCCUAUGAACGGCGUCCGAAGGGACACGGCGACCGAAGAGCAGCUCGUCAAGAGGCUGGUGCGCUAUGCGCUAGCUUGCGAAUACUCCAGGACACCGAUUCGGAGAGAGGGCAUCAAAGAAAAAGUGUUGGGGCCGAAUGGUAGGGCCUUCAGGAAAGUGUUUGCCGGGGCCCAGAAGCAGCUAAUCGCCGCCUUCGGGAUGGAGAUGGUAGAAUUGCCGGCGAAGGACAGGUCCGUCAUGUCGCUUGAUCAGAAGAGGAAAGCUGGCAAAUCCCAGACGCAGGGGCAGACCUCGUCGAAUGCGUACAUACUCGUCUCGACACUUCCAGCGGCGUACCGGGUCCCGGCAAUCAUCGCGCCAUCCAAGGCUCAGUCGCAAGAGGGCGAGGCCUCCUACGUCGGCCUGUACUCGACCAUAGUUGCGAUCAUCACCCUCAGCGGUGGAGAGCUCAGCGAUGCCCGAAUGCGGAGGCACUUGCAGCGCCUUGUGGUGGACAAGAACAUGCCCAGCCUCAACCCGAACGAUGGGAAUCGCGCGACGGAGAAUACGGAACUGGUACUGCAGAGAAUGAUCAAGCAGGGAUACCUCGUCAAGACAUCGGAGAGUAAGAUGCAGGGCGACGACGACACGAUCACAUGGCACGUCGGGCCCAGGGGGAAGGUGGAGGUCACGAACGAGGCGAUCGCCGGCAUAGUCCGGAUGGUUUAUGGGGGUUCUUCGCCGGAGCUGGAGAAGAAGCUGCAGGGGACUCUGAAGGUUGCCGAGCGAGCAGAUGCUGACGAGUCCGAGCCGGUCGAAGACGUCGCGGAUCAGAGCCGGAACGAUGGACACGCCGAGGCAGGGCCAAGCGCCGUGCGGAGGAGCAGAAGGAGGGCGGCGGCACAUGAUGACGACGAUGAAUAGGUAGUCCUGUAUUAUACUGUCAUGGGUAUCAUGAGAGUCGUCCUGUAUUAUACUGUCAUGGGUAUCAUGAGAGUCGGCCUUGAAUCACAGGUCGACAUGCGUAACGAGCAUAUAAUGACACAACACUUGUAUCCCUUGGUAUUCCUAGCAUCCAGCCCUUGAGAUGUCCUUUGCAAGUGUGGAACUUCCGCGUAUUCCCUCAAAUGCCCGAAUACAGUGUAGUUGUCGGUAG